AUGUUCAUACCAGCUUUGAAUACGGCUGAUCUCUCUCUCAAGAAGGAGCUUAGCUUCUUUGGCUCUGUUCUUGUUGAAAACGCAACUCUUGAUGCCGUCAAAUCCCUCAUUGAAGAAACGGGCUCCACUUUGUAUUGGGCUCAUGCCAACACUGUCGACGAGGCCGUCAAUCUUUGGGACGCUGGUGUUUACAAGGCCGUCUUUCCUUUGAAUGUGUUGCUUGAAUCCCAAAGUGACUUGGCUGGUAUUCCCGAGGAACGCAUUGCAGUUGUUGUCGAUAUUGCCAGCAUUCCCAAGCUCUCUUCAGUAUCUGUCAAACCAUCGGUGGUGAUUGUUCAGGUUGACACUGUUGCCGAUGCUCUCAAGAGUGAACAGCUUCAUGCAUUGGCUACUGCUACACGCAAGGAUUUGUUGUCACAAGGCGGUGAACGUCGAGUGGUGGUGCAAAGCCAAGGUGCCGUAUUGACAAGCGACAUGUUGCAACAAUUGGAUGCUGUCAAAUUGGAUGUGGUGGUGCCUUCUACUCAGCUGACUACCGAAUGGGAACCCAAGGAUGGAAAGCUUAAUCUCGCACAAGCCUUUUUGGCAACCGCCACCACCGAUCGUCCUGAUGGUCUUUAUGCUACAAUGGUCGUCGAUGAACGUAACUCGGCUUUGGGUUUGGUCUUCUCUUCUGCACAAAGCGUGUCCGAAUCAUUGCGUACGGGUCAAGGUGUUUAUCAAAGCCGUAAGCAUGGUCUCUGGUACAAGGGUGCCACAUCCGGUGCUACUCAAACAUUGCUCGGUGUUGAUUAUGAUUGUGAUGGUGAUGCUUUACGUUUCAUUGUCAAGCAACAUGGCGCUGGUUUCUGCCAUCUCAACACACGUACAUGCUUUGGUGCCGAUGCUGGAUUGAGUGCUUUACAAAGCACACUGCAAAGUCGCAAGGAGAAUGCACCUGCUGGUUCAUACACAGCUCGCUUAUUCAACGAUCCCAAGUUAUUGCGUGCCAAGAUUAUGGAGGAAGCUGAGGAAUUGUGUGAUGCCACUGAAAAGGAGGAUGUUGCAUGGGAAGCUGCCGAUUUGAUUUACUUUGCAUUGACCAAGUGCGUCAGCGCUGGUGUAUCCCUUUGCGAUGUGGAGAAGAAUUUGGAUAAGAAGGCUCGUAAGGUGACUCGUCGUCCUGGCAACGCUAAGCCAAAAUGGGAGAACAAGGAAGCAUCAGCACCAGCAUCAGCACCCAAAGAAGCAGAACAAGAGGACAACAAUGGCCGUAUUGCUAUGCAAACUUACUCCGCCGAUGCCAUUUCUUCUGAGAAGCGUAAUGAGCUCUUGUUGCGACCUAUCAUUGAUUCGACAGAGAUUAUUGGCCGUGUUACUCCCAUCAUGAAGGAUGUACGCACACGUGGCGAUCCAGCUUUGAUUGACUUGACUGAAAAGUUUGAUCGCGUCAAGCUUGAAUGCCCAACCCUCCAAGCACCCUUCGAUCCUGCAGCUAUGCAACUUGAUCCCGAGACUAAGGCAGCCAUUGAUCAAGCCUAUGACAACAUUUACAAGUUCCAUGAUGCUCAAAUGGAUCGUGAUACUCUUGUUGUGGAAACUAUGCCUGGUGUUGUAUGCACACGAUUUGCUCGUCCCAUUGAACGUGUUGGUUUAUAUGUCCCAGGAGGCACUGCAGUGUUGCCAUCGACUACAUUGAUGCUUGGUAUUCCCGCCAAGGUGGCUGGUUGCUCUCAAAUUGUCAUUGCUACUCCUCCACGACCUGAUGGUACAGUGGUGCCUGAGGUAUUGUAUGUGGCUCACAAGGUCGGUGCUACACACGUGGUGUUGGCUGGUGGUGCACAAGCUGUGGCAGCUAUGGCAUAUGGUACACAAACGGUGCCCAAGGUUGACAAGAUUUGUGGUCCUGGUAAUCAAUACGUGACAGCUGCCAAGAUGGUCGCACAAAAUGAUACGUCGUGCUUGGUGUCCAUCGACAUGCCAGCUGGUCCUUCCGAAGUAUUGGUCAUUGCCGACAAGAAUUGCAACCCUGCUUAUGUUGCUUCCGAUUUGUUGUCUCAAGCUGAACACGGCGUGGAUUCGCAAGUUGUCCUCGUUGCUGUCGAUCUCUCUGAUAGUGAACUUGGUGCCAUUGAAGAUCAAAUCCAUACUCAAGCAAGCCGCUUACCACGUGUCGACAUUGUGCGUAAGAGUAUUCCAAAGUCAUACACUCUCAAGGUCAAGAACCUCGAUGAAGCCGUCGCCUUUUCCAAUGAUUAUGCACCCGAACAUCUCAUCCUUCACGUCGACAAUGCCGAAUCCCUUCUUCCUGGUAUCAACAAUGCUGGUAGUGUCUUUGUUGGUGCUUACUCUCCUGAAAGCUGUGGUGAUUAUGCUUCCGGUACCAACCACACUCUCCCUACUUAUGGCUACUCACGCAUGUACUCUGGUGUCAACACGCUCACCUUUGUCAAGCAUAUCACUUCUCAACAAUUGACUGCCGAUGGUUUGAACCGUCUUGGUGAUACCGUUAUGCGUCUCGCUGAGAUUGAAGGCCUUGAAGCCCACCGAAAUGCCGUUGCUAUCCGUGUAGCUGAUCUUAGAAAGUAA